UCUGCAGUUCGAAUCUUACAGUGAACCUUGAUGGAUCCCACCAAAGAAAUGGUUGUCUUAAGAAUUUUGAGUUUAAAUGACGACUGUCUGUUAAAUAUUUUCAAGUAUUUAAGUGUUAAGGACCUCGUAACCCUAGCAGAAACCUCUACCAGGUUUCGGGAUAUUCUGCGUGAAAAGCAACCAGCUGUUUAUCCAGUGUACCACGAAAACGAUCCCGAGGGAAAAAAACCGGUGUUAUAUUACUCAGCGGCUUCCAUUAAGCUCUUCAAAAUCGUAAAUAAUAACGUGAGAACACUGGGUGUAGUACAAGGACACGACUACGACAAGGAGGAUCUGGGAAACGCGGUCAGGGACUUUCGAGUCCUCACAAAAGCUAAAAACAAAAUCGAUCUGCGACAUUGCCUGCUAGAAAUUUCCAGGCUUGAGGAUUUGUUUCGGUUUUCCUCUCAAAGUCGCGACUAUUUGAGUAUCAACGUGCCGUCUUGCAUAUGUUACCUUAAGGAAUUUUUCCGGCUUAUUCCCGAUCUGCGGGAACUACGAUUGUCUGGAUUCGCCAAGUGCUCCGGCUGUGUUGAAACUAUACUGAAGUGCUUUCCCAAGUUAGACGAACUCUGGAUCCGAGGUGCCUGCCUUAAAUUUCGAUCCGAUUACGAAUUGAUAUCGCAGAUCGGAACACUGACGAAACUCUCGCUGAGCGUUGGAGGGCCCAACUGCUUGGAGCCCUUAACCAACUUGACUGAACUUCGAUCCCUGUACGUGGAGAGUAUCUUCAGCUACAUAUCCCCAGCAGAAAUCAUAGAAAUCAUACAGAGUUGUAAGAAGCUGGAGUUCCUGUACUGCUACUAUAUAAAUCAUGGCCAACAGCCUCAUAAUUCUAUAGCGGACUUCUUCAAAAGGAUUAAAACGAUUCGAGAUCCGAGUCGACAAAAUCCCCUUCAGCUGCAUACGUAUUUGGAUCCGCCUUUGUCCGAGGAAAAUAAACAGCUAAUCGAUAAGGCGUAUUUCGAGUACCGCCGUCACCCCUAGGAUUUUCAUCUGCACUUACCUUUAUAGCAUUAUAAAAAAAAAUUAUAAUAAGUUAUACUUCACCCUUUCCACCUCGUCAAUAAAGAUUCACGGGUAAAUGUUACUCAAUGAUUUAUAUAUUUUCAUGACUUUCGCUCAUAUAGAUUUAAAUACGCUUUAAUAAAUUUGUAUGCUUGUCAACGAUUUCCGGUAUUCAAUUUAGCUGAUUUACAAUCGUCGUCGCCAUCGGACUACAUUAAAAUGUAUGUAUCGUAAGUAAAUAAUUUAAGUAUUAAUAACAUCUUGCGUUUGCACGUGUUGCACUUAAGUCGUGUAUUUGCUCUGUUCGUCAGUUACCUUUAUAUCUCGUUAGUUAUUUCAAGUUCAAUUCGAUUGCUGCUGGCGUAAAUGAGUUCGAAAAAUAAGAGAACCGAAACUGUUCCGGGGACUUGUAUAUGAAAUAAAUAUUUACAAAAGUUACAAUUAAUUUAUGGAGUGGCGGAAUGUGGCCGGUGCUCACCAAAAAACCGUGUCGAUAACCCUAAAUGAAUUGCUUACAAAAUUUUUGGAUGCCUCAAGCAUUUGUUAAUACGUACACAUAUCUCUAAAAAUGUUUAACUAUAUUACUUCGAGUUCUUGGCUUUAACAUUAGUUAUCGAAUAGUGUUUUGCUGUCGUUUCGUUUGGUUUUGUUGGGUGUUGUGUGAGUGCUUGUGUUCUUAUCAAUUCGAAAAGCGGACGAUGUGACAUUUACUAUCGUCACGUAAUAAAAGUUGUGUUUAUUCUUUACAGUGUGUUGUCUGCGGGUGUCUGUGUGUUGGAGUGUUGGUUGUGUGGGUGUGUGGGUGUGUGAGUGUGUGAGUGAGUGAGUUCGUAUUCCCUUUACUGAUAUGUUUCUAAGAGGCUAACUCGCAUCCUGGCUCAUCGCUGGCAACUAAACAGGGCAAAACCAAGCCAGUCGGACAGAUCGGUCGGGAUAGCUUUCGGGGAAACCUGCUGCCGCAUCGGCGCACUUAAACGGCUAACAAAACACCUUCGCACGCUUACUCAGAAUGGAAUGUGGACAAACAACUUGGGUUGCAAUAAUUGACUAAGCACGCUCCUCGGCGGGGAAACACCCCAGGCGAAGCCAUGCAAUUUUAUUGCUUACGUAUUCGGAGAACGGAACUAGGGAACUAGGGAACUAAACAUCGAGUCGACUGCCUAGGGUAGAUCUAACUAACUCAACUAACUAGCAUACAUAACACAUACACGCUCCGUAACUAACCGUAACUAACAGUGGGGCUUGGGGCCACGCGAUCCCGAGAUGCCUCUGAAGAGGAAUUGCCCGAAGGCCGGAGCCCCAGCCCCAUAAAUAACAACAUCUACGUCCAACCGACCUCGAUCUCUCUGCGCGCAAAUCAGAUUACAUCGGGGACCAAGCCAAGCCAAGCUCUGUCGAUAAGCCCUAAGCCCUACUCACACGCACAUAUACUUAUAGAUAUAGAAACGAACUGGUUGCCCAACGAUUUCACUACUUUGACAUUAUGAAUUUGAACGAUACGCGAACGAACGGAUUACAUAUGGUACAGAUAUAGCCUGGCCGUGCGGACCUAGCCUAUCCUCAAGCUUCCGAUGUGCGGGCUUAGCGCGGGUUUGAAAAAUAGUUCGAGCUAUGUGGUACAUGGUAUAUCCUUUAGUUGUAUAUAUAUAGGGUGUAAAUAUGCGAGAUGCAAUUGCGAUGCGUGUAUAUUCUAGUUGUAUAUCCUUAUAAGUGGCAUUCAAAAUAUGAAUAUUUCGGUUUCAUUUGUUGCUAUUUAGGCUUUCUGGUGACUUCGUCUAUAUGCAUUCUGCUGGCUGUGUCCUGAAGGCGGUAAAUAAGGUUGCUCUGUACACGAGAGGAUUGGCUCUGCUAUUUACACCGUGGCAUUACGCUUAUAGUAUCCUUUAUAGUUAUAGUAUUUAGGUAUUAUUUAUGUUAGGCUCUUUGUACGACUCGCGCGGCUCCGCAACUUUGCAUUGCAGUUCGGGUAGCUCAUGCCCUAAUGCUCUCAUUCCUCUUGUAAAAAUACGCAGAUCGAGUUCCGCGGAUCUGCCAGGGACCUUCUCUAGACUAGGAUACUGUUCAUUGCUUUUAUAUAA